AUGAACUCGAUUAAAAUGGAAAUAAAUAAUCCAUCCACCAAGAUUGCUGUAAUUCCUAUGAAUAAAGUCAUCAAGAAAAAGAAAUAAAAUUCUAAAAUGAAGGAAUAAUGUCUAAAUUCAAUACCCCAGCCAAAGGAGUUUGUGACUUCAUUCAUUAUUCCAAGAAAUAUUAACCAGAACUAGUACUUUAGAACGAAGGAGAACAUUUAGUUCGCACUUACAACCUUUAAUGAUAACACUCUUGGAGAAUUGGGCAUCAACAUAUUCAGUAUUGGGUACUCUGUUUCUUAAACUGAUAUUCAACAACAGAAGGUGGAAUAUCAUUUUUAGGCCAGAGACUUUGAUUUAGCCGAUAUAUCCACGAUAUUUUAGAUGUUGAGAAUAUUGAACAUGGAUAAAGCAUAUAAUAAUUUAAGUAAAUACUUAUAAAGAUAUGACUAAAUAUCAUCGAUCCCUUGUUCAACCGAGCUUGAAAUAUAGCAAGUGGAAGAACUUGCUUCCAAAUAUCCCUAUGAAUGUUACACAUUUCGUCAUGAAAGAAAUGAAUCUGUUAUUCUAAAAUACACUCAUAAUAUUAAAUUUCUACAUUUGAUGGGGAUUACAAUAGACAUGAUAGAAGAAUUUUUAAGAGAAACAAAAACACUCCCCUGUGCCAUAAGAGUCAACAAUUAUUUAGAAGUUUGGCAUCAAGUAUUUGAGGCUGUUUCAAACGACUAAUAAAUAUUUGAAAUGGAAGUAUAAAAUUUUAAUGGGAAAAGAUUUUAUGUUAAAAUAAAAUAAGCACAAAUUUUUGUAGAAAAAGAUGGAAAACUGUAUGGAUAUUUAUAUUGGAUAUACUUAACUGACACUAAUCAAAAUUUAGCAAUAAAAAACUACGAAGCUGAAUUAGACAAAUUAUACCCAAAACCAAAGGAAUGCCUUUACAAACAAAUAAAAUGA